CACUAGAUGGCGAUAAAGAAGCAUUGAUGCCAACAAGAUCACAGUGACGAACUAAGGGCACCACUAUUACACUUCCGUAGCAUGGAUCUAUAAUAAAAACUGGAUUUUAUUAUAGUUUUUUUGUUUCUACUAGUACCAGCAUCACACUAAUCUGCGCCUGGAUUUAUAAUAAUAAGAUUGUAUGAUACUUAAAUGACUUAGGCCAAUAGAGAAAACUCCAAGCUACAAUCAUGUCUUUUACUCAUAGACAGGCAGCAGCUUUUGCAAGAGUAAAAGUGAUGGGAGAUUUCUACGCUGGACUCCCCGAUAUUGAAGGUUUUAUACAAGAAAGUUUUUGUGCCCAAAUGCAAGAUGAAGACGUACACUUUUAUCAGAAUUUCACUGGAGAUGACUGGAAAGAUAUAAAACACAAGUAUGGUAUAAAGGUGCCCUGUGGCCCUAAUACGGAGUCCAGUGAUGAUGAUUUAGACUGGGAAAGUGAUGCGGAAAGGAAGGCUAGAUUAUUAUCAAACGAAAAGAAAAUUAAAGAGAAGGCAGAAAAGAAGCGUCUGAAAAAACAACGACAAAAAGUGAGAAAACGCCUUGAAAAGCAACAGAACACUACACAAGAUAAGAUUAAGGAUAAAGCUUCAGAAGUAUGUGAAGAGGAUAAAGAAUAUUUAAACCUUAGAGCUAUGGCUUCAUCUUUAAAUUCAGAAAGCAGUAACAACACUUCAGAUGGAUCCAGUAAUGAAGAAGAUGAGGGGUUGGAUUUGACAAGUAGUUUUGUUACUAAAGCAGCUGAAAUUGCUAAACGCCAGUUAGAGCAAAAGCAUGAUAAAAAGAAGUCUCCACUUAAAGAAGAACCCAAAACACCUGAAAAAACGGAAGGAACACACGAAGCAAAUCAUGUAAAUAAGGAUCCUGUUACAUCUAGCCCUAAAAUGGAGGACUUUGUUAAAAUGAGUGCUGAACUUGCAAUGAUUGGGAAUAAACUCGCUGGUGUCGGAGAAUAUAAAAUUGCUGUUAAUUAUUUCACAGAUGCCAUUAAAUACAACCCGACAGAGUAUAGGUUAUUUGGAAAUCGUGCAUUUUGUUUUGAGAGAAUGCAGGAGUAUGAGAAGUCUUUAAGUGAUGCAGAGUUGUCUCUGAGUAUGAGUCCUGGCUGGGUUAGAGGCCUGUUUAGAAAAGGAAGAGCGCUGGCAGGACUCAAGCGGUACGAGGAGGCAGCCUGCGCUUUUAAGAAGAUUCUUGAACUAAACGGCUCCAGCCCAGAAGCGGCUCAAGAACUGAUGAAUGUACAGAUUUUACAGCUAAUGGAGAAUGGCUUCACUCGGGAGCAGAGUUCAAAUGCUUUAAUUAUUCACGGGAAUGUUGAAAAAGCCCAGGAAGCACUAUCAAAGUUGAACAAACUUCAGGUGUCCCCACCUGCCCCUGUCCCAGUGCAGCAGGUGGCUAAUGUGACCGGAGUAUCCCCGGGCCUCUCUGCCAAAGCGGCUGCUGCCCCCCGCCCUCCUCUUCAACCCCCUCUUCCUCCAGCCCAGGAUGCAUCAAAGACCCUCCCCCUCGAGAAAACGCCUCUUAUCCCAGUCCAGAACCAGCAAAGCCAGCCCAAACCAAAUGCCCCUGCAGCCCCGAAGUCCAACCAUGUAGAACAAGCACCAGAGCUGUUUCCUGUGUGGGUGGGAAAUCUGUCUUUUUCUGUCACUGAAAACUUAUUAGGAAGUAUUUUUAACAAGGUUGGACCAGUUUAUAGUCUUAAACAACUGCCUGCAAAACGCUGUGCUUUUAUUAACUACACCCAACAGCAGCAUUGCGAUGAUGCAAUUAGGAGAUAUCAUGGAUUUGAGUUAAUGGGCUCUAAGAUUGCGGUGAGAUACCCAGACAGGAUCCCCCCUGGUCUGAAUAUAUCCAAAUCAGCCCACAAAGCUAACCAUCCAUCUGAUGAAAAUAUAAGCAAUAAUCUAUAUGAGAGAAAAUGGCAACCCUACUACAAGUAUAGAGAUCCAUUCAAGUAUUGACAAUGGAUAUAUUACACUGCAACAUGAAUGACUCUGCCACAACUUUUACUAUUUUACUAUUUACUUUACACAUUUGUUUCAUUUUUAUGUCGCCAGCAUUUUAGAUUUAAAGUAUUCCGUUUUUUAAUUUGUGUUUUAGACAGUAUUAUACUUGAAUGAAUGAAUGUAUUGCACUAUAAAGGCUGUAUUGUGUUGAAAAUAUAAACAACUAUUACAAUUUUUACAAAGUCAAAUGGAUUGAAGACCAGUGUCCAGGAAAACAUUGAGAAUUCAGUCCUAAAGAAAAUUAAUGUUCUAUAUUUUCUUAUAUUCUUUUAGGUUUUACUGUAUUAUGUCGUAACAAUUUCAACUUUGAAUCAAGCCUUUUGCGUUACCUUUUGUCAUUGAUAUAUUUGAAUAUAAAAAUAUGCACCGAUUACAGUUUUUCUUUCUUUCAGUUUGAUGUUUUGUGAGCUUAACCAAAAUUCAACAUGUUCUUUAUGGAAUUAAAUCUCACAAUGUAUUAA